UCUGGACCGCGCUGGGCGUCCGGAGCCCUGGGCCAGCCCCCCGCCAUCGCGGCCGCCGCCCGGUCGGCUGUUCCCCGGCCAGGUGCAAAACGCCUUGUCAUUGGGAGAGUCUGCGUCCGGAGCAUUGAAUUACAGCUCAGCCGAGCCCGGGUAGGGCGGCGGGGGUGGAAGAUGAGCAGAAGCCCCUGUGUCCGGAGCGCCUGCUGACACGCGGGGUAAACGCGGCUGGGGCGGGGACCGAGCGUAGCCCACUGGAGCAGCCCGGGGCUGGCCUGUUUCUCUUCAACAGCAGAAGAUCUGAGCCACGAGCCAGCGAUCCCAACAGGCUUCCCUCGUCCAGCCUUCUCCAGUGAGGAGACCCGCUCCUCGCCGACCUUCCCCGGCUCUCUCCGCGCGCCCUGGACGCACGGGGCCCUAACUCGUGCCAGUCAUGCUGAGGGUCUUCAUCCUCUAUGCCGAGAACGUCCACACCCCGGACACCGACAUCAGCGAUGCCUACUGCUCUGCGGUGUUUGCAGGAGUGAAGAAGAGAACCAAAGUCAUCAAGAACAGCGUGAACCCCGUGUGGAAUGAGGGCUUUGAGUGGGACCUCAAGGGCAUCCCCUUGGACCAGAGCUCCGAGCUCCAUGUGGUGGUCAAAGACCAUGAGACAAUGGGGAGGAACAGGUUCUUGGGGGAAGCCCAAGUCCCACUCCGGGAGGUUCUCGCCACCCCCAGUCUGUCUGCCAGCUUCAACGCCCCCCUGCUGGACACCAAGAAGCAGCCCACAGGGGCCUCGCUGGUCCUGCAGGUGUCCUACACGCCACUCCCUGGAGCCGUGCCCCUGUUCCCACCCUCUGCGUCUCUGGAACCCUCCCCGACUCUGCCUGACGUGGAUAUGGUGGCUGGUGGGGGACAGAGCCGGGCUGAGACUUGGUCCCUGCUCAGUGACAGCACCGUGGACACAAGAUACUCUGGAAAGAAGUGGCUGGCCCCCACGGACACAGGAGGAGAGGAGGACACCGAGGACCAGGGGCUCACGGGAGAUGAGGCAGAGCCAUUACUGGAUCAGAGCGGUGCCCCAGGCCCCGGGGCCCCCACCACCCCGAAGAAGCCACCUUCCCAUCCGCCCCCCUACCACCCUGGGAGCAAGAGGAAAAGAAGUGCUCCCACGACCAGAAAGCUGCUGUCGGACAAACCGCAGGACUUCCAGAUCAGGGUGCAAGUGAUCGAGGGUCGCCAGCUGCCAGGGGUGAAUAUCAAGCCUGUGGUCAAGGUCACGGCUGCCGGGCAGACCAAGAGGACACGGAUCCACAAGGGAAACAGCCCACUCUUCAACGAGACUCUCUUCUUCAAUGUGUUUGACUCUCCCUCGGAGCUGUUUGACGAGCCCAUCUUUAUCACGGUGGUAGAUUCCCGUUCUCUCCGGACAGAUGCUCUCAUUGGGGAAUUCCAGAUGGAUGUGGGUACCAUCUACAGAGAGCCCCGACAUGCCUAUCUGAGGAAGUGGUUGCUCCUCUCGGACCCUGAUGAUUUCUCUGCUGGGGCCAGAGGUUACCUGAAAGCAAGCCUCUGUGUGCUGGGGCCUGGAGAUGAAGCGCCCCUGGAGAGAAAGGACCCCUCUGAAGACAAGGAGGACAUUGAAAACAAUCUGCUCAGGCCAACUGGAGUGGCACUUCGGGGAGCCCACUUCUGCCUGAAGGUCUUCAGAGCUGAGGACCUACCGCAGAUGGAUGAUGCCGUGAUGGACAAUGUGAAGCAGAUCUUUGGCUUUGACAGUAACAAGAAGAACUUGGUGGAUCCCUUCAUGGAAGUCAGCUUUGCGGGGAAAAUGCUCUGCAGCAAGAUCCUGGAGAAGACAGCCAACCCUCAGUGGAACCAGAGCAUCACGCUGCCUGCCAUGUUUCCCUCCAUGUGUGAAAAAAUGAGGAUUCGCGUCAUGGACUGGGACCGCCUCACCCACAAUGACAUCGUGGCCACCACCCACCUGAGUAUGUCAAAAAUCUCUGCCCCUGGAGGAGAAAUAGAAGAGGAGCCUGCAGGUGUGGCCAAGCCUUCUCCCGCCAUGGACUUGGACGACCACCUGGGCUUCCUCCCCACCUUCGGGCCCUGCUAUGUCAACCUCUACGGCAGCCCUAGGGAGUUCACCGGCUUUCCGGACCCCUAUGCGGAACUCAACACAGGCAAGGGAGAAGGCGUGGCCUACCGAGGUCGGCUUCUGCUCUCCCUGGAGACUAAGCUGGUGGAGCACAGCGAGCAAAAGGUGGAGGACCUCCCUGCGGAUGACAUCCUUCGGGUGGAGAAAUAUCUCCGGAGGCGCAAGUACUCCCUCUUUGCCGCCUUCUACUCGGCCUCCAUGCUCCAGGAUGUGGACGAUGCCAUCCAGUUCGAGGUCAGCAUUGGGAACUACGGCAACAAGUUUGACACGACGUGCCUGCCACUGGCUUCCACCACCCAGUACAGCCGGGCAGUCUUUGAUGGGUGCCACUACUAUUACUUGCCCUGGGGCAACGUGAAGCCCGUGGUGGUACUGUCAUCCUACUGGGAGGACAUCAGCCACAGAGUUGAGGCUCAGAACCAGCUGCUCAGGAUCGCAGAUCGGCUGGAAGCUGGCCUGGAGCAAGUCCACUUGGCCAUGAAGGCACAGUGCAGCCCCGAGGACGUGGACUCCCUGGUGGCUCAGCUGAUGGAUGAGCUCAUCUCAGACUGCAGCCAGCCCCUAGGCAACGUCCACGAGAUACCCUCUGCCACCCACCUGGACCAGUACCUGUACAGGCUGCGCAGCCGUCACCUAAGCCAGAUUACUGAGGCAGCGCUGGCCCUGAAGCUUGGGCACAGCGGGCUCCCAGCCGCCCUGGAGCAGGCUGAAGACUGGCUCCUCCGUCUCCGUGCCCUGGCUGAGGAGCCCCAGAAUAGCCUGCCCGACAUCAUCAUCUGGAUGCUGCAGGGAGACAAGCGAGUGGCGUACCAGCGGCUGCCCGCACAGGAGGUCCUCUUCUCCCGCCGGGGCACUAGCUAUUGUGGCAAGAAUUGUGGGAAGCUGCAGACCAUCUUUCUCAAAUAUCCCAUGGAGGGGGUACCCGGAGCCCGGAUGCCAGUGCAGUUACGGGUGAAGCUCUGGUUUGGGCUUUCUGUGGAUGAGAAGGAGUUCAACCAGUUUGCUGAGGGAAAGCUGUCCGUCUUUGCUGAAACUUAUGAGAACCAGACCAAACUGGCCCUUGUUGGGAACUGGGGCACGACAGGCCUCACCUACCCCAAGUUUUCUGAUGUCACGGGCAAGAUCAAGCUCCCCAAGGAUAGCUUCCGCCCCUCGGCCGGCUGGACCUGGGCUGGAGACUGGUUCGUGUGUCCAGAGAAGACGCUGCUCCAUGAUACUGACGCGGGCCACCUGAGUUUUGUGGAGGAGGUGUUUGAGAACCAGACCCGGCUUCCUGGAGGCCAGUGGAUCUACAUGAGUGACAACUACACGGAUGUGAAUGGGGAGAAGGUGCUUCCCAAGGAUGACAUUGAGUGCCCACUGGGCUGGAAGUGGGAAGAUGAAGAGUGGUCCACGGACCUCAAUCGGGCUGUUGAUGAGCAAGGCUGGGAGUACAGUAUCACCAUCCCCCCGGAUCGGAAGCCAAAGCACUGGGUUCCUGCUGAGAAGAUGUAUUACACUCACCGGCGGCGGCGCUGGGUCCGCCUGCGCAGGAGGGACCUUAGCCAGAUGGAGGCCCUGAAGAGGCACAGGCAGGCGGAGGCCGAGGGUGAGGGCUGGGAGUACGCCUCGCUCUUUGGCUGGAAAUUCCACCUGGAGUACCGCAAGACGGAUGCGUUCCGCCGCCGCCGCUGGCGCCGCCGCAUGGAGCCGCUGGAGAAGACUGGGCCUGCCGCCGUGUUUGCCCUCGAGGGGGCUCUGGGCGGCGUGGUAGAUGACAGGAGUGAAGAUUCCAUGUCCGUGUCCACCUUGAACUUUGGCGUGAACAGACCCACGAUUUCCUGCAUCUUUGAUUAUGGGAACCGUUACCACCUACGCUGCUAUAUGUACCAGGCUCGGGACCUGCCCUCGAUGGACAAGGACUCUUUUUCUGACCCCUACGCCAUAGUGUCCUUCCUGCACCAGAGCCAGAAGACGGCAGUGGUGAAGAACACUCUGAACCCCACCUGGGACCAGACGCUCAUCUUCUAUGAGAUUGAGAUCUUCGGGGAGCCGGCCAGCGUCGCCGAGCGUCCGCCUAGUAUUGUGGUGGAGCUGUAUGACCAUGACACCUACGGUGCAGAUGAGUUUAUGGGACGCUGCAUGUGUCAGCCCAGUCUGGAACGGAUGCCCCGGCUGGCCUGGUUCCCGCUGAUUAGGGGCAGCCAGCCGGCAGGCGAGCUGCUGGCCUCUUUUGAGCUCAUCCAGAGAGAGAAGCCGGCCAUUCACCAUAUUCCUGGUUUUGAGGUGCAGGAUACAUCAGGAAUCCUGGAUGAGUCGGAGGACACAGACCUGCCCUACCCACCGCCUCAGAGGGAGGCCAACAUCUACAUGGUUCCCCAGAACAUCAAGCCGGUUCUCCAGCGUACUGCCAUAGAGAUCCUGGCGUGGGGCCUGCGGAACAUGAAGAGUUACCAGCUGGCCAGCAUCUCCUCCCCCAGCCUCGUGGUGGAGUGCGGGGGCCAGACAGUGCAGUCCUGUGUCAUCAAGAACCUCCGGAAGAACCCCAACUUUGACAUCUGCACCCUCUUCAUGGAAGUGAUGCUGCCCAGGGAGGACCUCUACUGUCCCCCCAUCGUGAUCAAGGUCAUUGAUAACCGCCAGUUUGGCCGUCGGCCUAUGGUGGGCCAGUGUACCAUCCGCUCCCUGGAGAGAUUCAUGUGUGACCUGUACUCCGAGGAGAGUCCGUCCCCACAGGGCGGCCCAGAUGAUGUGAGUUUACUCAGUCCUGGGGAAGAUGUGCUCAUUGACAUUGAUGACAAGGAACCCCUCAUCCCUGUGCAGCUUGCAGACGGUCUGUUGGGCCCUGCCCCCACUAACAUGGCAUCUUCUCCAUCCAGUCUUCAUCUGCUGAAGAACCUCCUGGAGGAGGAGUUCAUCGACUGGUGGAGCAAAUUCUUCGCCUCCACAGGGGAGAGGGAGAAGUGCGGCUCAUACUUGGAGAAGGGCUUUGACACUCUAAAGGUCUACGACACGCAACUGGAGAACGUGGAGGCCUUUGAGGGUCUGUCUGACUUUUGUAACACCUUCAAGCUCUACCGGGGCAAGACUCAGGAGGAAACGGAGGACCCAUCUGUUAUUGGGGAGUUUAAGGGCCUCUUCAAAAUCUACCCCCUCCCAGAAGACCCGGCCGUCCCCAUGCCCCCAAGACAGUUCCACCAGCUGGCCGCCCAGGGGCCUCAGGAGUGCCUGGUCCGCAUCUACAUCAUCCGAGCAUUUGGCCUGCAGCCCAAGGACCCCAAUGGGAAGUGUGAUCCUUACAUCAAGAUCUCCAUAGGGAAGAAAUCCGUGAGUGACCAGGAUAACUACAUUCCCUGUACUCUGGAGCCUGUGUUUGGAAAGAUGUUCGAGCUGACCUGUACUCUGCCUCUGGAGAAGGACCUGAAGAUCACACUCUACGACUAUGACCUCCUCUCCAAAGAUGAAAAGAUCGGGGAGACAGUCAUCGACCUGGAGAAUAGGCUGCUGUCCAAGUUUGGGGCUCGCUGUGGACUCCCACAGACCUACUGUGUCUCUGGACCCAACCAGUGGAGAGACCAGCUCCGUCCCUCCCAGCUUCUCCACCUCUUCUGCCAGCAACGCAGACUCAAGGCUCCCGUGUACCUCACAGGCCGUGUGCUCUUUCAGGAUAAAGAAUAUACCAUUGAAGAAAUAGAAGCUGCCAGUGUCUUGAACCCACACCUGGGCCCCGUGGAAGAGCGCCUGGCCUUGCAUGUCCUCCGGCAGCUGGGCCUGGUCCCCGAGCAUGUGGAGUCCCGGCCCCUCUACAGCCCCCUGCAGCCAGACAUUGAGCAGGGGAAGCUGCAGAUGUGGAUCGACCUAUUUCCCAAGGCCCUGGGGCGGCCUGGACCUCCCUUCAACAUCACCCCACGGAGAGCCAGAAGGUUUUUCCUGCGGGGUAUUAUCUGGAACACAAAGGACGUGAUCCUGGAUGACCUCAGCAUCACGGGGGAGAAGAUGAGUGAUAUUUACGUGAAAGGUUGGAUGGUUGGCUUUGAAGAGCACAAGCAAAAGACGGAUGUGCAUUAUCGGUCCCUGGGAGGCGAAGGCAACUUUAAUUGGAGGUUCAUUUUCCCCUUUGACUACCUGCCUGCUGAGCAAGUCUGCACUGUCUCUAAAAAGGACGCUUUCUGGAGGCUGGACAAGACUGAGAGCAAAAUCCCAGCCCGAGUGGUAUUUCAGAUCUGGGACAACGACAAGUUCUCCUUUGAUGACUUUCUGGGCUCCUUGCAGUUGGAUCUCAACCGCAUGCCCAAGCCUGCCAAGACAGCCGAGAAGUGCUCCUUGGACCAGCUGGAUGACACUCUCCACCCGGAGUGGUUCGUGUCCCUUUUUGAACAGAAAACAAUGAAAGGCUGGUGGCCCUGCAUGGCAGAAGAGGGUGAGAAGAAGAUCCUGGCGGGCAAGCUGGAAAUGACCUUGGAGAUCGUAGCAGAGAGUGAGCAUGAGGAGCGGCCUGCUGGCCAGGGCCGGGAUGAACCCAACAUGAACCCCAAGCUUGAGGACCCAAGGCGCCCUGACACCUCCUUCCUCUGGUUCACCUCUCCGUACAAGACUGUGAAGUUCAUCCUGUGGCGGCGGUUCCGGUGCGUCAUCAUCCUCUUCAUCAUUCUCUUCAUCCUACUGCUGUUCUUGGGCAUCUUCCUCUAUUCCUUCCCGAACUAUGCGGCCAUGAAGCUGGUGAAGCCCUUCAGCUGAGGACUCUGGCCCAUGACUGGCUGCCUUCUCCACCCAGCUUAGCCGAGCUCCUCCAGACCUCCAGGCCUCACCAGCCAGCAGACAGACUGGUACACACUCCAAGAGCUGGUGACAUUGAGUCCUGGGAUCACCCUCGUUUCAUCAUUUCUUUUGCCCCCGACCCAACCCUUUUUGGAUCAGCCCAUAUGUAUUUCAGUAUAAAACAGUUUGAACCACAGGGCCAUGUUGGUGUGUGUGUCCCCGUAGUGCCUGAGUGAGGUGGGGUUGUGUAGAGGACAGCUGUGUCUGGCUCGCUGGGCUGUGAGUCGGGCGGGGGCCAUCUCUGGCUCGGCAUUCUGAGUGGAACUUUAUCCUUUGACAAGACUGGUCGGUGUGCGUGGGCUUUGAGGUUUGGUGUCUGGUCCUGGAGAACAUUCCCCUCCUCCCUCUCCCUCCUCACUGAGGCUUCUCCUCUUCCUUUCCCAGGCUGCGCUUUGAUUAGGCGGGCGGUUACUGUACCUUCUGCUUUCUUUGACCACGCCCAGGAAGACGGUCCACUUUAUCCAAGUGGAGCACCAUGGAAAGGAUUGGGCCAGGAACUCUCCAGGCAGGGAGGGCUGCUGGGCCUUUGGCUGUGACCUUAUCCCCCACCCCACAAUUUUGGGAUUUCUUGUGACUCCGUCACUCUGUCACUCUGCUUCCUUACCCUGCUUAAAGAUCUGGUCUGCACAAACACACCAUUUUCUUGUGGUCUGAAGCUUAGCAUUAGCUGCGGGUCUGUCUUCUCCUGCAGGAAUCAGGCUUAAUCUAUGGGGGCAGCAGGAACGUACUUAGAGAAAAAGCAAAGAGCGUGAAAACAUCGUGUUUCCAAAACAGAGGCCUCUGCUUCUCUCGCCUGAGGGGCUGGAACUCUGGAGCGCAGCACUGGCCGCCUCUUCUCCUGUUCCCCAGGAGGGCUUCUCCUAUUUCCCGCUGUGAGCCUGCUCCCCUGGCCCAGGCCCCAAGGCCUCAGCGUGAUCCUUCCAGGGCACUUGGCUCUUCCCUGCACUCUGAGACCCAGACUACGGCCUUGCCUUGUCUCACCUGAUUGGCAGACUGGGGUGAAUGGCACAGGGCUGAUGGCCUGGACCCUUUCGGGUGAACUAUGCUUCACAGAGUGAUUUUCUCUUCGGGAGAGGUUCAAGAUGGAAGUGGCCCUCAAUAUCCAGCUGGGGAAGAUCUGAAAGGCAGGGCAGGAGUCAUUCCUUCAUUAAUUCAUUCAUGCUUUUCAUUCCUUCAUUCAUUAAAGAAAUGUGUGUAUGUGUGUGUACCAGGCAAAGUGCUAGGCUCUAGAGAUACAAUGUCGAUCAAGAUAAACAUUGGUUUUUAAAGAUGGUUCCUGCCCUCCCACAUCUCACCACUGAGUGGGAGAGGAAGAUAGAUAGAUAGGCAAUUACAAUGCAGUGAUGGAUGAGCAGGGAUUACAGGGUCAAGGGCAGAGAGUGGGAAAGAAAAUGGAACAGAGUAUGUGAAGACUGGCCAAAGCCAGAAAUGAGUUCAAAUAUCUAUAAGAAUUUCUGUGUGGGCCCCGGGCAGUGGUUCUCAACCAGGGGCAGCUGUACCCCUCAAGGCCUAUUUGGCAGUGCCCGGAGAUGUCGUUGAUUGUCCUGGCUGGAGGGGGGCGGCUGGUGAGGGUGCUCCUGGCAUCCAGCAGCUGCUAAACAUCCUUCAAGGCAUAGAACAGCCCCCGCCUUCCCCAAUUAACUAUCUAGUCCAAAACACUGUUCCUGUUGCUAUUGAGAAACUCUGGCGUAGAGAUAGUGGAUUCUAGAGAUACUGAAAAUUAGACUUGAUGGGCCCCGGGGGAGCGAUUGGCUAGGGCUGGGAAUGGGGUGGGGUGCGAUAGGAGAUACUUCCAACUGGGAUAAAUCUCAGUUGUCUGGCUUUAUGACUGCUGGUACCAUGCAUGAAGUCAGUUUCAGACAAGAGAGUCCAGACAGAUUUAGUGCACAGUCACAAUACCCUUCCUGUCCUCCAUGGCUCCCUGGUGAUGGUGUCUCUCCUCCCUUCACAAAGUUCUAGAAAGCAUCGUCUGCAUUUGUGUCUCCCUGUGCUGCUGGACCUUUGGCUGUGACCUUAUCCCCCACCCCACAAUUUUGGGAUUUCUUGUGACUCCGUCACACUGUCACUCUGCUUCCUUACCCUGCUUAAAGAUCUGGUCUUUACCUCACCCUCACUCCUCCACCCACUGUGGUCUGAUUCUAUGCCUGCGGCAGACUCUUCUCUCUUCCUCCUUGCUGAAAGGAUCCUGGGGCUGUUCAGCUUUCACGACGGCCAAGUGCCCAGAGAGAAGCCCCGCCCCCGCUCCCGGGGGGGAUGUCUUUUUAGAUCAAACCAAUCACGGUGAUGCCCGUGAUUUGGUUUAGGGAGACGCAGGUGACUCGUUUAUGAUCAGUGAGACCUGAGGGGGAGGUGGUGGUGGUGGUUAUGGGCGGGGGGUGGGGGGGUAGGGGGUUGGGAAGCAGCUGGGAAAGUUGCUAGGAAACUUUAUGUCCAAUAACAAAGGACACGCAAGGAAGCACAUCGUCAUCUUCUGCCUUUGAAUCUUGUUUGUGGAAACAUGUAAUGACCGGAGCUAUGGCAGGCAUCUUGUGAUCAUGAGGGGACAAGCCUGAGGAAGAAAGCCAGCACACAGAGAGGAUGGCAAGGACCUGGUUCUCCAUGAAGCUGUCGAGAAAGAACCCACUCUGGAGCUGUCCCAACUUCUGGUUGUCUUGUUACACGGGGUCAUAAAUUCCUUAGUAUUAUUAUUAUUUUUUAAAUAAAGUCCUUACUGUUUAAG